UCGGUCCUGAAACACGUUCAAUGACCAGAAAACUGGGACCGAGAGUUUGUUUAGCCUCGUUAUGAAGCUGAACCAUUUUCUUAGAAAGAAGGAAGUUAAUUUUAUUCUGGCGCUUUCUGAAAAGGCAUUGUUAGUUUAGAGAAGUUGUUGAUCAGACCUCUCUGACCCUGAAUAACAAAUUCAUUUCGUUGUAUGCAACAUAAAAAUGCAGCAAGAAGGCAAAGAAGGUCAAGAACAUGAACAAGACUUUUCAGAGCCGUGGGAACAGAGCGAUGUUGUUCUACUGGUGGAAGGACAGAAAAUCCAUGUCCAUCGUCUCAUGUUGUCGAUGUGUUCUCCUGUUUUCUCUCGAAUGUUCUCCGCAGAAUUUAAAGAGAAAGAUGCCGAUGAGAUCCCGCUACCCGGCAAGAAAGCUACUGAAAUAAGAGAGAUGUUGCUGGUUAUUUAUCCGAGUUUCUGCAAACGAGUGACAGACAACAACUUGGAUUUCUUGUUGCCUCUUGCGCGAGAAUACCAAAUGACAGUACUCACACAAAAAUGUGAAGAUUAUCUUCUGUGGGGAAAGGAAAAGAAGAACGAAAUCAGCUCCAUCAUGAAAACCCUAAUCGUCGCCCAAAAUUUUUCCUUGGAAAGACUGAAAACUGAUUGCAUCAAGAAAACGCAAAAUCUUUCCACGGAAGAUCUUAAGAGCCACGAGUUGUACGAUCAACUCGAGCCUCUCUCUCAGAGGAGGAUGGUUGAAUUGCAAAUGGCUAACAUGGAGAAAAAGCUCAGUGAAGCUAAAGCCAAGUUAGAGAAAUCCAACGCGGAGAUUUCAAAAUUACAAGGAAAGAUUAAAGAGAUGAAACAAUUGGCUUUUGAGGGUUUGCAGCACUUUGGAGGGGUUGCCUCCACCCUUGGAAAUCACAUUCGUCACGCCAUGCAGAUGAAUUCGAGGUUUCAGGACUUUGCGAUGACCACGGAGCAAUAUUUGCUAACAAUUAAAAACGACUCACCAAGUCGCGCUAGGGUGAACGAACGUGAUAAAGUUUGUCAGUCGUUAGUUGGGGCACAUUAUCCUCUGGUAAAUCUCCAAAAUAUGCUUUUGGCAAUUACAAAAGAGUUUAAAUAGAUGCUGAGAAAAAUAUCGUUUAAAUAUUUCGUCGAUAAAUUUGUCAUAUCUUGUUUGUGCAUUUCUGCUACUACAACUAAUCGUAAAUUGUAAUUCCAGAUGACAAUUCUAAGCAAAUUUGGAAUUAUUCGAGAUUCCACUGAAGUUGCUGAUUGCAUUAUCAUGUUGCAGGUAGCAAAUGUCUUGUUUUUGUGUCUCUGUCACCGCUUAGUAACCUAAAUUGUGUUUUCAGUUGGUGAUUUUGAGCAAGAGUGAAAUCAGCAUUGAGAUUUUGGCCCAAGUUCCAGAUUGCAAAAUCGUGUUUCAUGUUCCUGUUGUUGGUAAUACUACACAGAUGAGGGGCUUGGAAACUAGCAAGACUUUGAAUUGUAAUAUUCACUGCAGAUACUAGAUUAUUGAUCAUGUCCACUUCACACAUUAUUGUAUAUUGAUUGAGUGCUCUCCACCAAUUAGAUUUCUCAUAGCAAGUCCAAUAUAUAAUAACACUUGUUAUCUACCACUAGCAAAAUGUGGGCCAUAUUUUUUCAGAAAUUUAGCAUGGUCUCACAAAAACCUAGAGAUUGAGCUGCUUAUGCAAAUUUUCUUGACAACAAUAAAGUUGAGAUCA